AUGUUACCUGAUCUUGAACCUUAUCAAAGGUUAGUGGGCAGGUUGCUAUACUUAACUAUAACAAGUCCUGAUAUAGCCUAUGUUGUUCAGGUUCUCAGUCAAUUCAUGCAUAAACCUAAGAGAUCGCAUAUGGAUGCAGCAUUGAGGGUGAUCAGGAAAUCAGUCACAGGGUAUCUAGUCAAAUUUGGCAAUUCCUUGAUAUCAUGGAAGUCUAAGAAACAAAACACAGUCUCCAGAAGUUUGGCAAAAGCAGAGUUCAGAAGUAUGGCCUCCACAGUGGCAGAAGUGUCAUGGUUAGUAGGAUUGUUCAAAGAGUUGGGAAUCCAGAUUCAGUUGCUAUUACCUUGCAUUGUGACAGUAAAGCAGCCAUUUAGAUAG